UUUUGUACAAGAAUUUCGAGAGAUUUAGGAAACGCGCAAGACGAGGCGGAGAAGGAUUUCUUAUUUUUCGGUUCGCAAUCGUCAAUUGAUUUCUUCCGCUCAGAUCAAUUCCGGCUGAAAGCGUUUCUUCUUUGGCGUAAGCAUGACGACGUCGAGACGGCUUGCGGACAGGAAGGUGGAGAAGUUCGAAAAGAAUAUCACAAAGAGAGGAGCUGUGCCUGAAACAACCACAAAGAAAGGAAAGGAUUACCCAGUUGGUCCUAUCCUCCUCGGAUUCUUCGUGUUCGUUGUCAUUGGAUCUUCUCUUUUCCAGAUUAUCAGGACAGCUACAAGUGGGGGAGGAGGCAUGGCAUGAACUCAGCAACCCUCAAAACCAGAAGACAGAAACUUUCAAAUGUUGACGAUAUCAGUGUCUGUCUCACGUGUCUCCCUUGAUUUUCUCAUGGUUUUUCUUCCUUUUAAUGCAGUACUGUAAAUGGAACAAAGUUCUGUUUUGAAAUGUUGUGAACAAUUUUGACUCUUUGUUUUCUU